AUGCCUGUUUCAACGAGAAACGCUAGUACACCAGCUAAAAAUGCUGUAACAUCACGAAAAAGUGGAAGAAGUUCAAGCAGAAAAAAUAAUGAUAUAUCUGACACAGUUCAUUUGCUAUCAAAUAAUGAACUACGAUCCAAAUUGUUUGAACUUGGUGCUGUUGUGGGUCCUAUAACUUCGACGACUCGAAUUUUUUAUGAAAAGCAGUUAAAGAAAAAGUUAGAAAGAGAAGAAUCGUCUGAAUCAUUGAAUCAUUCGGUUACAAAUGUCAUAGAUUCUCCUCCCAAAUGGAAGGUUCCAACUCCACCACGUCCAACUAUGAUACGCCGUAGGUCACCGUCGUAUACGUCUCCUCCUUCUUCUUCUCGAUCUCGCACGUCUCUAAAUGAAUACAAUGAUAUUUCAAGAGAUACUUAUCCAUCGAAUUUUGAAUAUCAAAAUCAAGUUAAACGUAUUAAUUUUAAUGAUAGUCGGGAAGAAAUAAAUGUUUCAAAACCUGGAUUAAUCAAUGUGCAUGAUGGUGAUAGUGAUGAUCACAUGGAAAGCUCACGUACAAUCAGCACAACAAAAACACGAGUUCCAUAUUCGCAAAAUUCAUUUCCUAUAUUACUAGCAUUAAAUAAGUAUAUCAAGAUGUGGAUAUCGCUUAUUCUCCCUCAUAAAUUUUCAUUUAAGAGACCUACUUCAGCACGGAAUACUAUGUUUGGUCUAGACACAUCACGUGUGCUGCUAUAUUCAUUCUUAUCGUUGUUUAGCUUUUUGUUUAUUGCUUAUAUGGCAACUGUAAAUUCAGCUCUGUUGAUCCAAAGUAGUCGUAAUGCUUAUGUAUGCGGAGUACUAGUUGGUGUCUAUGUAUUGCAGCAAAAUCAGAUGAAAAAAAGCGCAAGAGAUAAACAGCUAACGUUUGAACUCAUUGAAAAAAUCAUCGAUAUUAUUCGAAGUGCAGACGAAAAAGGUGAAAUUUAUGUUGCUGAGCCGCAUGUGCGAGAUAUGCUCCUCCCACCAUCGCAAAGAAUGCGUGAUAGCCCAGAGUGGCGUCGAUGGCAAAAGGCAGUGAAGUUCAUCAAUUUGAAUGAAUCGCGAGUGAGCACGGAAACUAGAAUUAUCAAUGGAGUAGAGUGUUCAGUAUGGCGAUGGAUAUCUGGAAAAAGUAGUGGUUGGCAAGGCAAUGCAUUUCGGGAAACUGCGCGACUUAAUUUGUCGGAUCGUGCUUCAUCACACUGCUUAAAACUUCGAGGAUUGUCUUCUUCUGGCGAUGGUUAUGAGACUAAAUGUCAAGAUUUGAAAGAUGCUUUGCUGCAGAGGAUAGCUCCAAUCCGACCUAUACAUUUUUAUAUGGAAAAAGAUUCCAAGGACGGCAUUGUGUUUACUCGUUUCUCCUCCUUAUCAGAUUGUAAUCGAGCUUUCAGACUAUUACAUGGCACAUGGUUCAAUGGUCAGUUGGUAUGGGCCAAGUUUCUUCGUGAUGAACGUUACGAAGAAAGGUUCCCCAAUGCGCCGCAAGAGGGCGGGACUCGUAAAUGUCAGAUGCUUUCUCUCAGCCUAGGCUACUACUAUCCAGAGCCUUUUAUCUUGCCUCUAUUUUCCAGUAUCAAUGACCCUAUACAAAGUCCAGCUAGUUCUUUAAUUAUGAAUGUGAUUGCAGCCGAUCAAUCUUCCCAUACCACUACUACCAGCUCUAUUACCACUACUACUUUUGACACUGUAAUAAACGGUAAAACCACUGCCCUUACUCAGUCUUUAGUCGCAACUGAUCCUUCUCUGUACCAUUUGAUUAUAAACAGUACCACAAUUACUAGUGGUGGCAUAACGGAAAAUGAAUACCAGUAUGAUGAUGUUUCACCGCAAUGGUGUACUAUAUUGUCAGUUGAUUGCGAAUGUCACUUGUCUUAUCAGUUUUAUGCAUAUGAGGAAAAGCUGUUAUUAGGCCUCAUUACUUUACCGAUUAUUAUAUUUGGCCUGUGCGCAAACAUUACCUCUGUCCGCAUAUUUACCCAUCGCCUCAUGGUUUCUUCAUCCAUUAACUGGUAUCUUGCUUUUCUCUCUAGUUCCGAUACGCUUAUUUUAUUCUCUGCAUUUUUUGUUCUCUCAUUACCCAGAUUGAGUGAAUAUACCAAAACAUGGUCAGCUACCAGAUUCAGGUUUGGAAAAGAUUGUUAUUCAUCUCAUUUAUAA